AUGGGGAAGGGAGACACGGAGGCGGCCCCAACCACCACGGCCUAUCGCUCCGUCAUGGAAGAGUACGGUUACGAGGUGGGCAAGAUCAUUGGCAACGGCUCCUAUGGGACAGUGUAUGAGGCUUACUACACAAAACAGAAGGUCAUGGUGGCGGUCAAGAUCAUCUCAAAGAAGAAGGCCUCUGAGGACUAUCUUAACAAGUUCCUACCCCGUGAGAUACAGGUAAUGAAGAACCUGAGGCAUAAGCACCUCAUCAACUUCUAUCAGGCUAUAGAGACCACAUCCCGAGUGUACAUCAUCCUGGAGCUGGCUCAAGGUGGUGAUGUCCUUGAAUGGAUCCAGCACUAUGGGGCCUGCUCUGAGAACCUUGCUGGCAAGUGGUUCUCCCAGCUGACCUUGGGCAUUGCCUAUCUGCACAGCAAGGCCAUCGUGCAUAGCCUGACCCCCAGCCUUUCUGCCGCUGGUAGGGACUUAAAGUUGGAGAACCUGUUGCUGGAUAAGCGGGAGAACGUGAAGAUAUCGGACUUUGGCUUCGCCAAGAUGGUGCCUAGUAACCAGUCUGUGCGUAUUAGCCCUUCUUACGGCCAAAUGAACUGCUUUGCCCACCUCAGCCAGACCUACUGUGGGAGCUUUGCCUAUGCCUGCCCAGAGAUCUUGCUAGGCUUGCCCUACAAUCCUUUCCUGUCUGACACCUGGAGCAUGGGUGUCAUCCUCUACACGCUAGUGGUUGCCCGUCUGCCCUUUGAUGACACCAAUCUGAAGAAGCUGCUGAAAGAGACUCAGAAGGAGGUCACUUUUCCAUCCAACUGCAACAUCUCCCAGGAGUGCAAGAACCUGGUCCUCCAGAUGCUAAGCCAAGCCAACAAGCGUGCCACCGUCCUGGACAUCAUCAAGAACCCCUGGGUAAUCAAGUUCCAGCCUGAGCAACCCACCAAUGAGAUCCAGCUUCUUGAGGCCAUGUGCCAGCUCCCCAACUUUACUAUUCAGCAAGCCAAAUAAGUCAAUACCUGAAAGUGGCUGAGGGGGAGCUUGAAGAGGAGCAAAGGAGGGCAUGGGGCUAACAUUUUUUUAUACCAAAAUAAACCUAAUUCUGAUUUAGUUUCAUCAGUUGGGGGUCAAAGAUUCUUUCUUCUGGGAAACCUUAGCAGCUGAGGGCAAUAAAGAUUUAUAACCUGCCUCUAACCACUA